CUCGACCCACUCACACAACUCGGACGAGAUGCAGAUCCUCCCCCGGUCGAACUCUGGGGAACAUAUAAUCUCGUCCGGGACGCGGGAAGUCCAGUUCGCCGACCUCCCCCCACCCUCACGCAGCUCGACGAGUGACACGAUGAUUCCUAUGCACAGCUCGAUCGAAAUCUCGAUGCCACCGACAUUGUUCAUCCGCGGUGCUGGAGGAGACUUCGAGCCCUGUCUGUUGAUGGGUGAGGUUAUCCUCAAUCUGGCGGAAGCGACCAACAUCCGGGAAAUCACGGCCCACCUAUCGGGAAAGGCAAAGAUCCAUUACAACGACAAUGCCUCCACAAGCAGCCGCAGUCAUUCGGACAGCGUAUCCAUCCUCGAGCACGAGUGGUCCUUCCUCCCCGGAGAUCGCCGACACAUGCAUACAAUCAAGGCUGGCCGGCACAUUUUCCCGUUCCAGAUGGAGUUUGAAGGGAAUGCACCGGCCAGCUUGCGUACCAUGGGAGGCAACGCGAGUAUCUCGUACAAGAUACGCGCAAACGCUAUCAGAGGCGCGUUCGCCACCAACUUUACCGAUGUCAAGUCCUUCAACGUGGUAAGAACGUUUACGAACGAGGCACUGGAGUAUACGCAGACGCUCGAGCUGGAGAAUACGUGGCCAGGGAAGGUUAUGUACAGCAUCAUGAUCCCGCAUCGCGCUCACGCCGCCGGAACCGAGGUGCCCGUAUCGGUCAAGUUCACCCCGCUCACCAAGGGUGUGCAAGUCAAGACGAUCACGACGGAGAUCAAAGAGUACGCAACGCUGACGACAAAAUCGGGCCCGGUAUCUUCUACAAGAACGGUCACGACGGCGAAGCAUGAAUUCCAGGGUGGGCACGCAGUGGAUAUCACACCUCGUUCCAUCCUCCCCAGGACGGCGACCGCUCCUAUCCCUCUCCAGGCGGCCGCAGGUCCGAGAACAUCCCGCUCCACUGCAUCCCUCCCGGGCCUAGCACAGCAAGCUCUAGAUGCAGCAGAAGCAGCGGCUUUCCCACCACCUUUCCCUGGACUGUCGAUUCAUCCUGCCCUUCCUGUCACCGAAACGCCACCGAACGGAAUGGUUCUCACUGCCUCCCCCUCCCUAGAGAAUACGCCAAACGGCAUCAAUGGAGCAAACGGAGUGAAUGGGUACAGUGGAGUGAACGGCACGUAUGGACACCAGGAGGAGAACAUGGAUCUGGGUGCCGGAGAUGGGGAGAUCGACACUACCUUCAAAGUGCUGAUACCGGCUUGGGUGACGCCAACGCACUCGAUCAAGCCGGUUCAGAUCUCGCACAAGAUUAAGUGGUGCUGUAUGCUUUCAAACUUAGAUGGACACACUUCUGAACUGCGCUGUGCUCUACCAAUUCACGUUCUCUCAUCCCUUUGUGCGGAAGAGGCCUGGAAUGCAACCAGCAACACCCGCAAUCUCCUCUUUGGAAAUGCGGAGCAGGAGGAGCCAGUGAUCGAGUUGCCCAGCUACCCGGAGCACAUCCGCGACCGGAUAGCGAACGCAGCCCUGGAAUCAACGAUUGUGGCUCCGAUCUCCGCCUCAGCUUAUACAAGCCCCGCAACAUCACCCCGCCUGGGCCCGAUGCCGUUGCCAGAUGUAGGGCACGAGCCGGGUGUACGUUUCACCGAGUCGCAUACGCCGUCUCGCAGUUCAAUUGCGGAAGAGUCGUACUUUCCCACAGGAACCAGCUUUGCGGAUAGCGAGCUGCUCUCGUCUCUAGGAACCGCCUUCAGCGGGUCGUCUGCUUCUUCAUCACACACCGGCUCGCAUGUCCACACACCUGUGGAUUCUCGUAACUCGAGCCGGCCUAAUUCUCGUCCUUCCAGCCGUGUGGGAAGUCGCGCCUCCAGCCCUGAACCACAUGACCGAGGUCCGGGCCCAUCGGAUUCCACCACGACCCUCGGUUCAGACUCGACCACGCGGGGAGGCGGAGGACUAUUCCACCUCCCAAUAUCAAUCAAGCCGCUUACCUCAUUCAACCCCAAGGGAAAGAGCAGGGCAACUACUCCACCCGACGGUAGCGCGCCCGGACCAUCGCCAACGACAACACGGCGGCGGAAUGCAGGGCGGGCCUCUACCUCCCGCGCACCGUCCCCUCCACCUCACCACCACCUCGACCCGCUCUCCCAGGUGCCUCAUUACGAUAUCGCAUCAAGGGGCUUCCUCGGCGGUGGCAUCGUGCCCCUUACCGCUCAAAUUGGACUGCCCAGUUACGAUGAGGCAGAGCGACUUGAACGAUCCAGGAGCGAGAAUUCUCUAACCGACCUCGUCCGCCGGGUGGAGCAUGCAUCGCUCACUAACCGUUUGAAUGCUAUCGCUAACGGAGACUCGGGCGCCGAUCGUCAUCGCCAUCACAGCAACACACUCGGCGCUCUACAGAUGAACGCUCCUCGCGCUCUAUAACCUCUACUGUACAACAUUCUGAAACCCCAGCUCCGCCACAUCUUUCAAUGAUCCAUCUAUCUCCUGUCUCAAACCGAACCUAAUAGAGAGCCCCGUCGGCAAACUGUAUAUCAGCAUACGUAAACUUACUACCCAUCCAUCUUCCUAGAGGGCGUCUUAUCA